UUAAACGAAUAAUUAAUUACCACUAAUUAAUAGUCUAAUUUUUGUAGUUUUUUAAAUUGGUCUUUGUCAAUGAAUUAUUGUGUGAAAUUUAAACUUGAUACAAGAAUGGAAGAAAUAAAGUGCACACACUUUAAAGUGACAGACAGACAGAGUAAGUUAAUAUAAGCUUUGUAAAUAACAAAAAAGAAAACAAUUUAAAACUACAGAAUCAUGAUUUUUAAACUAACUAACCUGCUCUUCUCUUCAGGAGUGCCUAAGUUAAUGUUGCCACCAAGACUACAGUCAGCCACAUGUAACAACAUAACUAUAUAUUGGGAUGUUUUUAAUAAGUCAGUUGAUAUUGGAUUAGGCCCUAUCAAACAAUAUAAUGUAUUGUACAAACAGAUUACCACUGUAUCAGCAAAUGGCAAGACUAAUUGGACUAAUUAUAUUAGUAUAGAUGAUCUGCAUGAUGGGCGUAAGACCUACAUUGUUAGCAUUACUAGUGGGUUGCUGCAAGAUGUUGAUUACAACUUUAGGGUGGUUGUGGUUGGAAUGGAAAAUGACAAGCUACUGAAAAGUACCACUGCUGGAACUGUGUCUGCUGCCAUUCGAAACACAUGUACUGUAAACAAGCCCACAUGCUCUUAACAUACUUUUUUUUAAGCUUACAAGAACAAUGUAUCAUUUGUUAUAAUAGUUAUAAUAAUAUUUUAUAUACUCUCUUCUAACAAUUGUAUUUAAUCUUAUUGGCAAUUAGCUCAAGGAUAAGAAAAGAGACUUCUACAACAUUUUUGGAAAAAUUAUUUGUGAAUGUGUCUAAGUAUAAAGACUUAGAUAUCUUUUUGAUCUAUAACCUAAUGUUAUAAAAUGUUUGAAAAAAAUAUUUACAAUU